AUGGCGCGAUUCGACGGAGUGAUGUUGCCGACGCUGGAUGAAGAUGACGAGUGCCUGAAUGGCGAAUGUGUCGUCGAUGCGUCAUCUUCCUGCUGCGAGUUGUCGUCGAAACGAUUACGGUACCAGGAACGACGCGAAUUUUACAAGAACUUCUCGAUCCUUCUUCACCUUGGCGACAGUUUCAUGAAACGUUCACUGGACGCCAGAUUUGAUUUGGGUGAAAAUGAACCCGGACCACGUUGUCAACACAGUAAUUCGCUGACCGAUCUGGCAGAACCGCCGCGUCGUUGCCAGAUGGUGACAUCCAUCAAAGCUGUCGAUAGUGCUUACCUCAGAGUUCAACGCGCUGCCUUGAAAGAAGUCGACGAUCUGCUAGGAGAGUACGAAAAGCUUGCGUCGCUGUAUCCGAGCCUCAGGGCGAUGCAGCAAGAUGUAGGCGAGGCGCUGAACUCAGUCGUGUCCAACAGGAUUAACGUGCUCUACGCUUGGCGCAAUAUCGUCACCAACCUGAACUCGAAUGUGAUCCAGGUGGCUGACAUGCUGAGUCGUGUCAAAAAAGCAUCCGCCCCUGCUUGCUAUGAGAAUUCUUCGCGACAGUCGUCCCCUUUUGGAUCAGACGAAGAAAAUUUGCACAUUGUCACUAUAAAUUCGUUCCUCACCUCGCAGACGCUAUAUAAGCAGUUUGUCGUCAAGAACUUAAAGCUGCGGGGUAUGAGGAAAAAGAUAUUUCGCGUUGAAAGCCUUUUGCAUGCCUGCCUGCAGAGAGCGGGAAGAUCCUUGCAACUUCCGGGUCACGUUCGAUCUCUUGCCAGCAUACAAAGCUUUUUUGGGCCUGAAGAUCGGUCGAUCGAUGCGAUGAACUAUGGGUUUUACAAUGCAGAAUUCAAGGCGAUGACUUUACCGUCGUAUUUUCCUACUUUUCUAUAUCUCAUACGCGUUCCACUGAAUAUUGUUCACGAAUGGUUGAAGUUGCGAAUUCAGCAGGAAACCUGCCUCAAUCCCGAUCCUCUUUCACUCGAUGAGGAAAACGUGAUUUUGACCGUCGACGAUAGCAGACUGCUGGAAGAGUUGCUUUAUUCGGAUAUUCAUGAUUUCACCGAGGAUCUGUCGCAAAUGUUCGAUAUUUAUUUGGACUUUUUCCGUAUGUGGGUUCGUCACCACCAUGCACAUCUAUACCAGGUGACCACAGAGUUUAGCCAAUCGUUGCUCAGUCGGCUGGAAAGCGAGUGGGUAUUUGCGAAGAAGACAUCUCGCUACGUAUUGUUCGGCGAGGCAGAUGCGGCUAAGCGUUUUUGUUGCGUCUGCAACGAGAUGGUGCAGAAUAUUGAGGAAUUCGUCGAGGAUUACUGCGAUGCCAGCCGUCUUCACCAACCAAACGGUGAAGAUGAUGAGGCGAACGAGGACGAACUUUCACGCAGUCCCACAAUUUUUUUCCCACAAAGGUUUAAUUGA